AUGGGGUCAUCCUCGUCCAUGCAAGAAUUAGACUCGGACGAGGUCGAAGGCACUCAGCAAAUCUCGGUCACACCUUUAUCCUCUGCAACGUCGCAAAAUCCAUCAGGAACGCGAAACUAUGGCGGCGUUCGAAAGCCGCCUGGACGAAAAGACAACCGUAAGACGCCAGGAAGGCCUCGGGCAGACAAUCCCGCAACGUUAAUCGAGAAUUACAUCAGUUCGGAGGAUAGGAAGGGUCACGAUGCGCAACGGCGUGCAAUGGUCUUUGCUGCGAUGCGGACCUACCAAGCCAUGAUUCUAAAAGUUCCUGGCAAUGGAAAAGCUGGGCUAGCUGCACUAGCGAUCUCAGUCGGUGACAGCUCGGCGCUCUCCAUCCUCAAAGCUGCAGUGCAGGGUCUGCGAUCGCAAACUCUAAGCGAUAUCAUCCGCAUAGAUAGAGCAAUGACUAUCUCAGAGCGUCUUCGUGUGAUCAAUCGCACGGACUGCUGUAUCGAGCUUCUCCGAUUGAUGCGUAAUUAUCACACCGUGGCGCUGUGGAGGGAUAUCACGACUACCAAAUGGGGUGGGGUGGAUGCAUUCGUGGUCAGUACACCAGAAAGCCUUGCCUCGGAGGUCCCUAGAGCUGGCAAUCCCCUGCAUAUCAUAAAGGCUCAUGUCAGCCAAGGCGUCUACGAAAGUUAG